GUUUCGCGAAAUGUGAGGAAAGCGGUCCGUCCAUAAACACAGACCGCCGACGUUGCGUACAGUCGUGUUAAGGUGUAAAAUAAACAUUAAAUAAUUCAACGCUUUUGGAAAUCAUGCCCCCAGGUAAGAAUUUUAGGAGGAGGAAGGAUGAUUCAUCCGACGAGGAAGAUGAUGAGACAAAAGCCGUGGUCAGGUCCAAAGUGGAUGAAGCUAAGGAGCUUCAAAGUUUACGAAAAAGGCAGCAUGGAGUAAGCAUUGCUACGUUACUUGUAGGAGAGAAGCUUCCUUUGGAGGCUGAGCUUGAGGACGACCCAUUUAAACUGAAGACUGGAGGUGUUGUUGACAUGAAGAAAGUGAAAGACAGAAAUCGAGACAUGACAGCAGAUGAAAACGACCUGAAUCUUGGUACCUCCUUUUCUGCUGAGACUAACAGACGAGAUGAAGAUGCAGACAUGAUGAAGUACAUUGAGACUGAAUUAAAGAAAAAGAAAGGCAUGGUGGAGGCGGAAGAGCAGAAAGUGAAGGUGAAGAAUCCAGAGGACCUUCUUUAUGAGCUUCCAGAGAACAUCCGCGUCAGUUCUGCCAAAAAGACAGAAGAGAUGUUGUCCAAUCAGAUGCUGAGUGGAAUUCCAGAGGUGGAUCUGGGGAUAGAUGCAAAAAUAAAGAACAUCAUCAGUACAGAAGAAGCCAAAGCAAAGCUGCUUGCUGAGCAGAGGAAUAAAAAGAAGGACAGCGGGACCUCCUUUGUUCCCACUAACAUCGCUGUGAAUUAUGUCCAGCAUAAUCGAUUCUAUCGUGAGGAUGUAAACGCUCCUCAGAGACGACACAGAGAAGAACCCAAAGCCAAGCCGCUACGAGUAGGAGACAUUGAGAAGCCAGUACCUGAGCCUUCACCACCCAAUUACCGCAAGAGGCCGAAUAAUGAGAAGGCCACAGAUGACUACCACUAUGAGAGAUUCAAGAAGAUGAACCGACGAUACUAAUCCUCCACCUUCGCUACACAGUCACCUAAUCAGACACUUGUUUUCUUUCCUGUAGUUUUUUUCCCCUGUAGAAUUAGAGAUGUAAAUAUUUUUUACUGUAUUCAAAAAUGUGUUCAUAGUUAUAUGAAGUCAUAAACAUUUUACAAAAAAAAAAAAACUCCCCCCAAAACAUUGGUCCUCUUUGCCAACUUUAUGAAAAUAGAAGAACAUUUUGUUUUCAUAAUAAUGUACCGUUCACCAUGUUAAUACAUUAAGAUUUGUGUUUCAGUUUGUGCAACAGUCUAGAAUUGAUUUAUCACUUUAUAUGAAUGAAACGUCAUUGUUUUAUUAAAGGUUAUUUUUAUUCUACAGACAUUGCUAAUGAAAUAAAGUAAUAUUACAACC